GUUUUAUAUGAAAUUUCUUUAUUCGGACGAAAGCAGUUCAUUUGAGAACAAUCAACAUGUUAAAAGCUUUGCUUAGUUCGAUUGAAGAUCCAACAAGACGUCUGCUUGGUCCAAAUUAUUGGAUUUUAAAAAAUAUGGGACUUGUUUUACCACAAAAUCCGAUAGCGAAAGUGGCUUAUAUUGUUUUGCACGAAAUUGUUUCCUUUUUUGUCCUCACACAGUACAUGGAGUUGUAUGUUAUAAGAUCAAACUUAGAUCUUGUGCUGACUAAUCUUAAAAUAUCUAUGUUGAGUAUAGUGUGCAUUGUGAAAGCGAACACGUUCGUUAUCUGGCAAGUCCAGUGGAAGGAAGUCAUCGAAUAUGUCACCAGAGCUGAUCAAUACGAAAGAGAUAAUCAAUCGGUUGAAAGACGUAAAAUAAUCGAUUCCUAUACAAAAUACUGCCGUGGGAUUGUCUAUUUCUAUUGUGUACUAGUCUUUACUACUUUCAUAACAGUCACAAACACACCAUUGAUGAGAUAUUUAUCUUCAGCUCAAUACCGGGAAGCCCUGCGAAAUGGGACGGAACUCUUCCCUCACAUCUUCAGUUCUUGGAUGCCAUUUGAUAAAUACAACUCUCCAGGGUCCUGGAUCACGGUCAUUUGGCACGUUUGUCUUUGUGCGUAUGGUGCUGGAAUUAUGGCGGCCUAUGAUACCGUCAUCAUGGUCAUCAUGGUAUUUUUUGGCGGUAAACUAGAACUGUUGAGAGAAAGAUGCACACACAUAUUUGAAAAUACAGAAAUAGCGUCCGACGAUAACCAGACAAAUGAGAAAAUUAGAAAACUGCAUAACAUCCACGUCCUUUUGAUGAAACAUUCAAGGCUCUUUAAUUCAUUAUUGUCACCGGUAAUGUUUUUGUAUGUGGUAAUGUGUUCUUUAAUGCUUUGUGCAAGUGCAUUUCAACUUACCUCAGCAACAAAUACUACACAAAAAUUAUUGAUGGCGGAAUACCUGGUUUUCGGGAUAGCGCAAUUAUUUAUGUUUUGCUGGCACAGCAAUGAUGUUCUCAUUAAAAGCCAGAAAGUAAUGUUCGGGCCGUAUGAAAGCGAGUGGUGGACGGUAAAUUCAAAGCAGGCGCGCAGUAUACUCAUCCUAACGGGUCAACUGCGCUUGAAUCAUACGUAUACAGCCGGCCCGUUCACACAGCUGACUCUGUCAACUUUUAUCACUAUCCUUAAAGGCGCUUACAGUUAUUAUACUCUUCUAAGGGAAUAGAAAGUAGUCCUGCAUUAAAUAUUUCUCAAAUACAGACUAAAAAUAAUUUGAGUAGGUAUCAAGAUGACACAAAGCACUUACAAAAUAUAUAAGAUUAAAUGAUU